CGCAAAAGCGCCCUCCAACCGCGCGCGGCCGACUCGCUGGUGCGACGGGAGAAAGCGAAGCGUCAGAGCGCGCUUUUCUUGGCAUUUUUCUGACCUCCAGCCCCAUCGGCGCGGUGGAGCGGUGUGGCUGAUAAAACACGCCGCGAGCCAAUCAGCGUGCGGCGGUGUGUUCCAGCUGAGACUCGCCAGGGGUAAGCCAGCUCCAUCGACACGGUUACGAUACCGCCGGAUUACACGCCAGCUGCUUUGUUGUUGGCUGGUCACGAUGUGGUAAUUUACGGGCCUUUUCCCUCCUGUGACCUGGCGGCUUCUCCGCCCAAAUUCGCCUGUCUUUGUCUUGCUUCUUCGCUCGAACCUCUCCUUUGGAUUGAAAACUUCCGCCCAGUCCGCCUUUCACUCUUUCUCAGACACUAUCAAAGUCACUCCCUUUCUUCAUUCGUUAGCACUCCGUCCCUUCAUGGGGCUUCCAGUUUGUUGACACUUUCCUGUGAACAGCCAUCUCGUUCGUCCAAGUUUACUUGGACCUAGCAUUCAUAUCUCAUCUUCACUUCUACUUCGGAGUAUUAUAGACUUACUUUCUGUGCGGGUUGACCCUGCAUCCUCUUUGUUCGACUAUCUUGCUUCCAUCCUCUUCAAUAUCCUUCCGCCCCCGACCUGACACCGAUCUACAUACCUGGACGGGCGAAGCUUGGACCAUCAUCCCCAUCUCUAGCAUUUCUCCGUAUCUACCCAUCGAAUGCCCACCCUGACUCGAAAAUUCACCAAAUCUGAUUCGAGUGACUGAGAAAAAAUUCGUUACGCCAUCAUUGCAGCUUGGUUGGUUUGGUGCCAGUGACUCGCCUAGCAUGGGGUUGGGACGCUACCUUGCCGUGACCCCCUUAGUUUGGGCGGCAUUUUGCAAUCUAGCUCUAGCUGGCGACGUGUUGAAAACCAACGGAUUUUUGACGUGUCUCGAUGAUGCCGACAUCAAGGUUGAAAGGCUCGAUAUAAGUUUCGAUCGGUCAACGAAUAGAAUCACCUUCGAUGUUGCUGGAUCAAGUUCCAAGGAGCAAGAAGUGACAGCUUCCCUCGUUGUCAAUGCUUACGGACAAAGAUUUACGCAAGAAUUUGACCCCUGUGAUGAAAAGACGAAAGUUGAUCAAUUGUGCCCAGUUCCCGCUCGGUCUUUCGCCGCAAAGGAUUCGGUUACAAUACCUUCCGAUUUCAUUGGUAAAAUUCCCUCCAUUGCAUUUGCAAUCCCCGAUCUCCAAGCAGAGGCCACCUUAGAACUGAAGGCUCGGGACAACGACAAGCCCCUUGCUUGUAUCCAGUCCGUCGUUGGAAAUGGAAAAACUCUCGAAUCCCCCGCGGUUUCAUAUGCAGCUGCCGGUAUAGCUGGCGCUGCCCUUGCCUUGACGGGGGUUAGUGCAGCAAUGGCAGGCGGUGCUCCAGGUGCUGCCUCAACUGGUCCCAGUUUUGGCGACGUCCUCGGGUGGUUCCACACCAUGGCUAUGAAUGGGAUGCUGAGCGUGAACUAUCCCCCGGUUUACCGUAGCUUUACGAAGAAUUUCGGCUUCAGCACCGGUCUUAUUCCGUGGUUCCAGAUGCAGUCCACCAUCGAUGACUUCAGGAAUCGGACAGGAGGUAAUCUCACGCAUAGCAAUGUCGCCUUUUUGCGCAAUGCCACCUUGAUCUUCGGAGAUAACACCAAUUCGAAGCAACCUGCAAAGCGCGCUUUGGGAUCCAUCUUCAACCUCCUACCGCUUGCAGUGCGAGAUGUUGAAGUUACGGAGAAUACGUCCCCUAGCGAUGACAAAAAUGAAGACGGCAUUAAUCAUGUCGUGUCGCGUUUCAAGGCUUAUGCUGAGCAACUUUCCAUCCCCGAAGCAAACACGUUCAUGACGGUCCUCCUGGUUUUUGCCAUCAUUGUUGCCGGUAUUGCUGUUGGUAUCUUGUUGUUUAAGCUCAUCCUGGAAAUCUGGGCUCUUAAGGGAAAUUUUCCGCAGAAGUUAACGAAUUUUCGGAAGCACUACUGGGGACUACUUGCUCGCACAAUAACCAACUUGAUUCUCCUGUUAUACGGAAUCUGGACGUUAUAUUGCAUUUUCCAGUUCACCCACGGGGAUUCCUGGGCAGCAAAAAUACUGGCUGGAGUCACGCUCGCGAUCUUUACGGCUGUUCUUGGGUACUUUACCUUCCGCAUCUGGUCUGUGGCCCGUCGACACAAGAAAAUGGAUGGCGAUGCGAGCGCCCUCUACGAAGACAAGGAAACAUGGAGAAAAUACAGUCUUUUCUAUGACAACUAUAAAAAGGGAUAUUGGUGGAUUUUUAUCCCAUACAUUUUCUACAUGUUUGCCAAGGGUUGCAUCCUCGCUGCUGGCGAUGGACAUGGGCUUGUUCAAUCGGGUGCGCAGCUCGUCGUGGAGGCGCUUAUGCUCAUUCUUCUCUUGUGGGCCAGACCAUAUGAGACCAAAUCAAGUCAGUGGAUUAAUAUCUCUAUCCAAGUGGUCCGUGUGCUCUCCGUGGCAUGCAUCAUUGUUUUCGUUCAAGAACUGGGUAUGGGACAGACCACCAAAACUGUUACUGGAGUGGCACUAGUUGCAGUUCAAUCAGCCUUGACUGGAAUUUUGGCGCUUCUUAUUGCCAUUAAUGCUAUCAUUCUUUUGGUUCGCAAAAAUCCACACGUUCAGCGGCGGAAGGAGUCAGAAAAAUAUGACCGCGACCUCGAUAAUCUAACGCCCCUGGACGCUCGCAAUUCCCUACUGUUGAAUUCUCGAACCGACCCUAACGGUCGACAGGACCUAGAAGUCGGGAAACUAAAUAUGUUCGGCCGGUACGAACCGUAUCGAGAUAUCCCACCAGGACCUCGCCAUCAAGCAUCUGAGAGCACCGAUCAUUUGGUACCUCAUAACGAUUAUGGCCGAGUAGGGCCCAAUGGCGAUGGAAUUGAUUCUAACAUGUACCCCGACUACUCUCGCGUCGGAAGAGCCUACUAAAUCUAGGUCACGGCAGCCCAGCGAAGGCUUUCUCCAAACGAAUUUCCUUACCAUAUCUAUAUACCAAGCGCUUUCGUCUUAUGGCAUUUGCACUCUAUCCUCUUCCUUUUCGCUAUCUACUUUCACUGUCCAUAAUCUCUUUGUGAAUAGGUUCUUCUUACUCCUGAGGUCCUGGUCUUCCUGCUAUUGUUUAAUUUUACAUUCCUUUAGAAGUCUGCCAGAUUAGCAUUUCUUGGAAAAAAAGCAUUCCUUGCCUAUUUUAGAUCAAUUCCUUCUCUGUACACUGACGCACUCUUUUGUCGCGCCUCUCAGAUACCUUGACUCUGCGCUCCUCUCCCUACGUCCAAGCAUAAUGCUGCAAAUAUAUCCGAAGACAACCUUCCUUAGCCCCAUUCAUAGGCGCUUUAACCAAAUAUGUCUCUGAAGUUCUUCCUGUCUCUCCUUAAAUUCAUUUUGGUGUGGAAGUACCUAUAGCGUUGAUAUGGACCAGAAUAGUUCUUAAUUCUAAAGCUUCUUGUCUAGAA